AUAUCACCUACCUUCAGUUUUCUCUUCACCACCUGACCACCUAUCUGCCAAUGGCAUCUCCUCCAAGUUCUCCACCACUGGCUAUAUUACCGCAGCGGCCCUCUAACAAACGUCAACGCUCCGGUGAAGUUACCGACUUCUUCUCUAGUGAUCCUGCGCCCGUCUUCUCCUCAGAUGACUGGCAAGAUGCGUCGAUAGAGCAGUAUGAAGCACCGCGGAGGAAGAGAACAUUCAGGGGCCCAUGGUGGAAAAGCUGCAAGAGAUGGGAGCCUGCAACUAUGCUGACAUCAGAAUCCCAUGUGAUGUCCCUAGCAAGGAACCUUGACAGCGGUGUAUGGAUAGACAACGAUGAUAGCAUUGCGUUAUCGUCCUCUUUAUCGACUCUACUUAACGGCCCUACUACUACCGAUACCUCCUAUCAAUUGACAUUUUGUCCUGAUUGGCAGCAAAAAUACCCAGCGCCAUUACUUUCACAGGCUGAGCUGCAGGCUCAAGGAUUAGUCGAAAGUUGCCUCGAGCAAGGCACGCAAUAUGUCGACAUGAGCAACUUGGGCUUGGAAAAAUUAGAUGGGAGCAUAAUCCAGCCGAUUAGGGCUUUCAGUACUGUUCCCAUGGCAUGCGACCGCGACUUCCGACCACAACUUAAGAUCCUAUUGUCAAUGAACUCUCUUCAAACUUUGCCGAAAGAAAUCUGGGAGCUAAAUCAUAUCGUUCACCUCGGUUUACGUCAAAACAGAUUAGAGACCUUAUCCCCCAACAUAGCAAAGCUCGUAGAUCUACAGUCCCUCGACAUCACUGGAAAUAAAAUCCGCUGGCUUCCAUGGGAGCUUCUAUCAUUGAUCACCCCGUCGAGGAGCCUGGCGAUGUUUCACGUGGAGCACGGAAAUCCCCUACUCAUGCCAUUCGAAGGCUUGCCCGAGUUCCCAUCAUGUAUACGUGAACUAGCCAUAGGCCACCAUCAAGAUUUUGUACAAACCAAGCCCGAGACCAAUUCCGGCCACGCAACUGAGAUGCAGAGGUGGCUUUGCAGAAUCGGUGAGACAAUCCAUGCAGGCAAAUUAUAUGGUGAGGGUUUAUCUAACAGCCACUGUAUACCCUCAAAGCCGUGGCUCGUAGGAUGCUCGGAAAUGGCCCGCUUUAGUAGCGAUGGUACACUCGCUAACGGUUCACCAAUUGCUCCUUCACUCGUACCUCUAGAACAGAGAUCAUUAAAGGCGUAUUUGGUGGACGAUCUGCCCCAGCCACAACGAAUAUCUUGUAGUCGUGUGGGCUCUCUUUUUGAGCUCUCACUUCGAAGAGUAACAGCGUUAAUAUCUACAGAGCAACUUCGGAAAUAUGUACCAGAUCUCCCAGAAGGGCCCUUCCAGCGUGCUCUUACAGAGGCUGAACACGUUCAAGCUGACGGAGGUCGUACUUGUUCUGUUUGUGGCCAAUUGUACAUCCUUCCUCGAGCAGAAUGGAUGGAAUUUUGGCAUGUUCAUCGCUCUGGAGCUACGGCUGGCAUCAACGGCCAUCUUCUCCCAUUUCUCCGAAGAGCUUGUAGUUGGCGCUGCGGAUACACCGCCUUCUGUAAUAUAAGGAGUGCAUAUGGUAGAUACGCCGCUAAGUGUACUAUAAAUUCAUUUCCAUAACAAGAGGAUUAAGAUAGAGACAUAGUAUAUUAGGAAUUAGCUAUGAACGGAGCCCUUAGGC